UGAAAAAAAAAUACCAGAAAGAGUUCAGGUGGAGACGCUGCCCCAAGUUCUCUCCAAUUAGAACCGAAGUCAUCGUUCGGUAAUUGUUUUUACCAAAUUUAUACUCUUUCUUUUUCCCAGAUUUGAAAUUUAGAUUUCGUUUUCCAUCAGCUGGAUUUCAAGCAACUCGCUUCGACCUGUCGCGAUUAGGGUUUCUCCUUCUGUUUCCGAUCCCAAUUACUCAUCAUCCGUCGCUUUUAGCGCUAUUAAAUUAAUUUUUACUUUCAAUUCACUUCAAUUGUCAUUAUCCGCUUGAACGCUGAAUGAAUCGACCUCAAGCAAUUUAUUGUAAAAAAACUCUGUGCUUUGAAUUCUGAUUCUAUCAAAACAGUAGUUUGGUGCAUAUUCUAGAGGAAUUGGAACAGUCAUGUUCUAUGGUACAGCGGUAUGGGAUCCGUGGCUUAUUGUAGCGCAGAUUGUGUGUUUACAAUGCCUAUACUAUUUGACGCUGGGGAUAUUUUUGGCAAUUCUUGUCGGGACUCGGGUUACUCGAAUGAGUUUGGUCUAUUUCUUUGAUUACGCCACUGUUACUGCUUCCACCGUCACCGGAUGGUGCGUCAUUGCCGCAUUUAUUCUCACUUCACUUGCAGGAGCGGGCCUUUUACUUUAUUUGAUUGAGAGGGCAAAGAAGUGCUUAGAUUUUUCGGCAACACUCUACAUUGUCCAUCUUUUCAUAUGUAUUGUCUAUGGAGGUUGGCCUUCUUCAAUAACAUGGUGGGUUGUGAAUAUUACUGGGCUUGCAGUGAUGGCAUUGUUAGGUGAAUACUUGUGUAUAAGACGUGAAUUACUAGAAAUUCCAAUUACAAGAUACCGGUCAAGGUCAGUCAGAGAGGAGACAAAAGAAGAUUUGGAUGAGGGAAUCCCUUUGUAUAGUGUGGACAAUAUGGCUUGAAAGAAAUUGUAGGUGUUCUGAUGACAGGGAGGAAACCAUUGCUUUUGUAUGUAACAGAUAUAUUCAGCAUCUUAUGAUUUGGUUUAAUGCAUUUUUUUAUUUUGACGCUGAUGUUGUGCUGGAAUUCUUAGAUUCUCUCCAGAUUUAAGGGAUCUAAUUCCAGUAUUUUUGUACUGAUGCAGUAUCGUCUUGGUACUGUUGUUUUUUGAAAUAAAAUUAUCUUUACUUAUCAAAAAGAGA